UUUUGCCCUUGGCAGGAAUCACUGUUGGAAGAGAUGGCGAUGAGCCUGGGUCCUUUGUUGUUGGUCUUCAUGCUGGGUCUGGUUGUGAUCCCUCCCACUCUGGCUCAGAAUGAAAGGUACAGACAUUUCCUGACUCAGCACUAUGAUCCCAAGCCUAAGGGCUGGGAUGACAGAUACUGCGAAAGAAUGAUGAAGGAAAGAAAGAUAACCUCGAAUUGCAACAGUGUCAAAACUUGCAAAAAAGUCAACACCUUUUUCCAUGACACCAAGAACAAAAUCAAGGCUGUCUGUGAAGCAAAUGGAAAACCUCAUGGAAAUAACUUAAGACUAAGCAAUUCUUGCUUCCAGGUCACCACUUGCAAGCACUCAGGAGGGUCUCCCCGGCCUCCAUUCCGGUUCCUAGCCUCUGCAGAGUUCAGAAAAAUUGUUAUUGGCUGUCAGGAUGGCUGGCCUGUCCACUUCGAUGAGUCUUACAUCAAUCCAAAGGCAACAGGCCCCUGUAACAGGCCUAGCUCUGUUUCCUUUGAUAUCUCCUCACACCCAUGA